UCAGCGCCCGCUGAUCGCUGCCGGCUGCCGGCGCUCCCAUCAUCUCGCCGGUGACGUCUCCGUAAGGACCUGAGCGAGGGCUGCGGCGCGGGGUGUUCCAAAAUGCCUGAAGCCAACUCUUUGUUGUCCGUGUCUUGGGGUUACAUUAAGGUGGGUUGGAUCCUGCCGGGUCCUCGGAGCCUGUUUUUGCGCUGCGUUCCGCGGGUGAAGCCCCCGGGAGGGAAUGGGGCUGUUUGAACAGUGUGUGUGUGUGCAUGCAGUGGACGUGGAUGCGAGUUGCUUCUCCCCUUCGGGAAUUUGGUUCUGCAGGGGAGAAUGAUGCCGCGGCGAAAGCGUGCCAUUAGCAAAUGCAGAGGGGCAGCUGGGCGCAGCUGGGCGAGCGCUGCGUCUCGCUGCAGUGAUGCAGGCAGACCUGAGAUGUGUGGCAUCUUUGCUUUUCUCUCCGGAACGGGUGCAGCCGCGUCUCAAAAUGGAGCAAACUUAUGUAAUGGAGCUGAGAACAAAAGGAGGUGGAAUCAGAAACCAGAACCAGACGUGGGUCUCUCGGAGAGGUUACCUGAGGCAUCUCGUUUCUGGCAGCGAAAAUAAUAUCGGUCUGCGGAGGAAAUUCCUUUUGCAGUUUUUGCAUACUGAGGAGAAGUACGUAGCCGCGGUGGUGCUGCGGGGUAUCUCGGUGAAGCUGAGUGGCUCUGAUUCCGUUCCAAACCUCUCCGUAAUGUUAUUUUUCACCUCUUGCUUGCCCUCUCGCUUGCCGUAGAGUUGAAGCCAUGUGAAAGCAUUCAGAAAAAUUCCCAUUCCUAUCUGUGUGUUUCUCCCUCCCUCCAGUUCAAGAGGAUGCUGAACCGCGAGCUGACGCACCUCUCGGAGAUGAGCCGCUCCGGCAACCAGGUGUCCGAGUACAUCUCCAACACCUUCCUGGACAAGCAGAAUGACGUGGAGAUUCCUUCUCCCACACAGAAAGACAGAGAGAAGAAGAAAAAGCAGCAGCUCAUGACCCAGAUCAGUGGAGUGAAAAAAUUAAUGCAUAGUUCAAGCUUAAAUAAUACCAGCAUCUCGCGGUUUGGUGUGAAAACAGAAAAGGAAGACCAUCUGGCCAAGGAGCUGGAAGACCUGAAUAAGUGGGGUCUGAACAUAUUCAACGUUGCCAGGUAUUCCCACAACAGGCCGCUCACCUGCAUCAUGUACGCCAUAUUUCAGGAGCGAGACCUACUGAAGACGUUCAAGAUCUCCUCGGACACCUUUGUGACGUACAUGAUGACACUGGAAGACCACUACCAUUCGGACGUGGCGUACCACAACAGCCUGCACGCUGCCGACGUCGCCCAGUCCACCCAUGUUCUUCUCUCCACCCCUGCCCUGGACGCCGUCUUCACCGACCUGGAAAUCCUCGCUGCGAUUUUUGCAGCCGCGAUUCACGACGUGGAUCACCCCGGUGUCUCCAACCAGUUUCUGAUCAACACAAAUUCCGAGCUGGCGCUGAUGUACAACGACGAGUCCGUCCUGGAGAACCACCACCUGGCAGUGGGCUUCAAGCUGCUGCAGGAGGAGCACUGCGACAUCUUCCAGAACCUGACCAAGAAGCAGCGGCAGACGCUCAGGAAGAUGGUGAUCGAUAUGGUGUUAGCAACAGAUAUGUCCAAGCACAUGAGCCUGCUGGCGGAUCUGAAGACGAUGGUGGAAACCAAGAAGGUGACCAGUUCGGGAGUCCUCCUGCUGGACAACUACACGGACAGGAUACAGGUUCUCCGAAACAUGGUACAUUGCGCAGACUUGAGUAAUCCCACAAAGUCCCUGGAGCUGUACCGGCAGUGGACGGACAGAAUCAUGGAGGAGUUCUUCCAGCAGGGAGACAAAGAGCGGGAAAGGGGAAUGGAAAUCAGCCCGAUGUGCGACAAACACACCGCGUCGGUGGAAAAAUCACAGGUUGGGUUCAUUGACUACAUCGUGCACCCGCUGUGGGAGACGUGGGCUGACCUGGUGCAGCCCGACGCGCAGGACAUCCUGGACACGCUGGAGGACAACAGGAACUGGUACCAGAGCAUGAUCCCGCAGAGCCCCUCGCCCCCGCUGGAGGAGCGGGGCCGGGACUGCCCCGGCAUGAUGGAGAAGUUCCAGUUCGAGCUGACCCUGGAGGAGGAGGAUUCGGACGGGCCCGAGAAGGAAGGCGAGAGCCUCGGCUACUUCCGCAGCGCGAAGAUGCUGUGCGCGGGCAGCCCGGGGGAGGAGGACGUGCAGAGGGAGGCGAACAUAGAAAUUGUGACAGAGGACACGUCUCCCGUGGACACAUAAUGCCCCGUGCCCGCGUCGGUGGAUUUGAAACGCCUCACGAGCGUGCAAGCGGUCUGGUGGGACUCGCCUGCAGCCUGGGCCUGACGUUGGCCGACGGAUCUCCGGGUCCGUGGGGCCGAGUCAGGGCUCCGGCCGCGUGCUGAACAAUUGCUCAGGAAACGCCGCGAGUGACGCCGGGGUGGCCUUGUCAGCUGCGGGCGCCGUCGCCGAGCGGCCCACGACGCACAGCCGAGAGAUUGCGUCCCGUCAGCUCGGGGCUCCUGCCCGCUGGGCUGAUAGAAACUACUGAUCCAUAACUCCGCGUGUAGAACCCGCCCGCCCCACCGCCUGUCUGCAGACCUGUGUGCCUUCUUUGUAAACGCCCUCAUGUCUUUUCGAGAUCUGUUCCAUCCACGGAGUUCAGCGUAAGCAGCAGCACCGAGUGUUCGGGAACCGACGGAUCCUUUUUGAUUCUUCCUGUUACGAGAAGCAGUCUUCCUUUUUUUCCACGGGCAAUACCUGUCACUUUAUCGCGGUUGAUCACUUUUCCAGACUAAGAGAAGGGAUUCCCUCCGUUCUGCAUUACGGCACUUUCGAUUCGUCUUCUGGAGGCCCCGGCCGCCCCGUUCCAGCCCCCACGUUGCCUGCCCCGCUGCCCAGGGUGGCCGUGCCACGCUCAGCCCUUCGUGUUCCGCCUCCCCUAGGGUUAGCUCCGCCGUCCUCCUCCUCCCGCACUGCCUUGAGCUCUAACACCUCCAUUACUGUUUAUAACAGUGUAUUUAUUACGUAAUGUAUAUACUGUAAUGUUUUGUAAGUUAUUAAUUUAUAUGAAUUAGCAUUGCCUUGUCGGCGGCGAUGUUAAUGGUGUAGAAGACUCGGAAUAAGAGUUGCCUUUUUUUUUUUUUCUUGUUUUUUUUUUUCUUGUUUUUUCUUGUUUUUUUUUCUUGUUUUUUUUUUUUUCCUCCUCGUAACCUUUUGUAUGGCAUCAAGUACAAAACCUGAACACAGCCGAAGAGACAUACGCAACCCAGGGGACGGGGCGGAGGUGUGGCCGCGUCCUGCCCCGGCCUCCCAACAACCCAAUGUGAAUCUCUAUGACAAAAAUGUGAACUGAUGUAAUAAUUGUGCUGUGAAACUCCUCCUGACGUCGCUGUUCGGCACGGCGAGCGGCGGCGCUCGGUUUGUAACAUACGUUUCGAGCUUCUGGUCCAACUCGUGACAACUAGUUAAUGACAAUAGCACAGUUGUGCAUGAUCAAUGGGUGUGUAUGUCUGUCGAACACUGCAUUGUUCCAGGUGGUUAUUUUCUUGUUUUCAAAAGUUUCACACAACGUAUGUUAUAGUAUUAUAUAUUGUGUUCAGAUGCAUUCUUAAGAGAUUUUUAUAUGAAGUGAAUAAAUGAACGCAUGACCCUGC